UGAAAAUGCGGAAGUAUAGCUUUAAAAAUACAUUCAAUGUUUUGAUAAUCUGGCUUGUUGUGUAAUGAAAAGUAAUUUUUUUUAAAUGUAUGCACAUAUUAUAGUAGUAUAUAUGCAUUAAUGGCAGGGAAUGAUAUAAAACAAAGUUUACGUAAAUUAGAUUUUCCUUAUUGCGCUAGAGAAGCAUUAUGCAAAAUCGGUAAUAUAAUAAUACAUAGACCUGGGAAACAAAUGGAUUUACAACUGGAUUUAAUAUCGGAAUUUGUAUUUGGAGAAAUAGAAAGACGAAAAAAACGUAACUUGACAAUAGCAAUACAAGAGUUGCAAUUAAUAGAAGUUCUAAGCGAUUUUUUUCAAAGUCCUGGAGGAAGUGCUGCUGUGCGCAAUGCAGUUUUUUUAUCUCUUUUUCCUGCAGAUAGUCCCAGAUAUAAAAUCUUAGGCAAUUUAGUAUCUUUAUCCAUUGCGACUCAAAAUAAAGCAAUCUUGAAUGCAACUGGAAUUUGGAUGCAACAAUUAGGAUCUACUUCAUCACAGAGUGUAGGAUUAGCAAGGCAUGUACUUAAUGACUAUUUUGUCCUUACUCCAAAAUCUAUUGACAAGUUGAAGCAGCUUCCUGUUCUUGCAUCACAUUUCACUGCCAACUUACUAACGGCAAUAGGUGAAGUUUAUGAAGACAAAGAUCCACCUACGGAACUGCUCAGAUUGGUAGGAGAAUGGAUAGAUGAAAACCCAAGCUUAUUAUUAACUCCUUUGAUGGAUAAUCCUGCUUUACCAACUGGUGGAAUUCCAAUGACACCAAUAACACCAAUUGCAGGUUUAUUUAGAUGGUGCAUUUUAUCACCUGUACGUUCAAAUACUAUAGAAAAUACAGAAUAUUCAGAGGAACAAAAAAAAUUGUAUUCUAAAAUUCAACAAUUGCUUAUGGACUCUGUAUUAAGAUUAAAAAAUAGUGGAAAUAAUAAACAUGCAAUAUCUGCACAACAUUUUGCAGCUACUACUCGAACUUUGACAACUAAUUUACAAUCUCAUUCUACUUCACAUGAUUUAGCUAUGGAACGCCUUGCUCAAGCUGUUAGUGCAGCUAUGUCUGCAAAUUGUAUUUAUGGAAACAAACAAGAGUUAUUGGCUUUGUUACAACCUCUAUCAUAUCAACAUUUUUUAAUUGAAUGGACAUUACAAACUUAUGCAUCCAAAGCUGCUUAAUAAAUAUAAUUUUUAUUAUUAUUUUCAUUAUGAAAUUGUAAAUAAAUUUAAAUUUAAUAUACAAUGUCAUAAUAUAAAUGUAAACAAAGUAAUAAAUAUCUAUUUAAUGUUUA